CCGGGCAUUACACGGCAGCCAUUUGCCUCGCGAAGGCCCUACCUGAGGAUGACGUCACUUCCAGCCCCCUGCUGACUGCGGGAAACCGGAAAUGGUGCCAGCUCACUUUAAUAGCGGGGAGGAGUCAAGGCAGCCAUGGGUGCCAGGCAGUGCUGAGAGCAGUGAGGCAUGGCUGCAGCCCUGCAGGUCCUGCCCCACUUGGCCCGAGCCCCCUUGCAUCCACUCCUCUGGUGGGGCUCAGUGGCCCGGCUGGCCAGCAGCAUGGCCUUGGCAGAGCAGGCCCGGCAGCUGUUUGACAGUGCUGUGGGUGCAGUGCUGCCGGGCCCCAUGCUGCACCGGGCACUAUCCUUGGACCCUGGUGGCAGACAGCUGAAGGUGAGGGACCGGAGCUUUCAGCUGAGGCAAAACGUCUACCUGGUGGGCUUUGGCAAGGCUGUGAUGGGCAUGGCAGCUGCAGCUGAGGAACUACUGGGCCAGCAUCUUGUGCAGGGCGUGAUCAGCAUUCCUAAGGGGAUCCGUGCUGCUAUGGAGCGCGCCGGCAAGCAGGAGAUGCUGCUGAAGCCACAUAGCCAUGUCCAGGUAUUCGAGGGUGCGGAGGACAACCUCCCAGACCGCGACGCACUGCGAGCUGCGCUGGCCAUCCGGCAACUGGCUGAGGGACUCACAGCUGAUGACCUGCUGCUCGUGCUGAUCUCAGGUGGGGGGUCAGCUCUGCUGCCUGCCCCCAUCCCACCUGUCACACUGGAGGAGAAGCAGACACUCACCAGACUGCUGGCAGCCCGUGGAGCCACCAUCCAGGAGUUGAACACCAUUCGAAAGGCCCUGUCCCAGCUCAAGGGUGGGGGGCUGGCUCAGGCCGCCUACCCUGCGCAAGUGGUGAGCCUCAUCCUGUCAGAUGUGGUGGGGGACCCUGUGGAAGUGAUUGCCAGCGGCCCCACUGUGGCCAGUUCCCACAGUGUGCAAGAUUGCCUGCAUAUCGUCAAUCGCUACGGCCUCCGUGCAGCCCUGCCACGUUCCGUGAAGACUGUGCUGUCUCGGGCCGACUCUGACCCCCAUGGGCCACACUCCUGUGGCCAUGUCCUGAAUGUGAUCAUUGGCUCCAAUGUGCUGGCGCUAGCUGAGGCCCAGCGGCAGGCUGAGGCACUGGGCUACCAGGCUGUGGUGCUGAGUGCAGCCAUGCAGGGUGAUGUAAAAAGUAUGGCCCAGUUCUACGGGCUGCUGGCCCAUGUGGCUAGAACCCGCCUCACCCCAUCCAUGGCUGGGGCUUCUGUGGAGGAAGAUGCACAGCUCCAUGAGCUGGCAGCUGACCUUCAGAUCCCAGACCUGCAGCUGGAGGAGGCUCUGGAGACCAUGGCACGGGGAAGGGGCCCAGUCUGCCUGCUGGCUGGUGGCGAGCCCACAGUGCAGCUGCAGGGCUCUGGCAGGGGUGGCCGGAACCAGGAACUGGCCCUGCGUGUUGGAGCAGAGUUGAGAAGGUGGCCGCUGGGGCAAAUAGAUGUGCUGUUUUUGAGCGGUGGCACUGAUGGGCAGGAUGGGCCCACGGAGGCUGCUGGGGCCUGGGUCACACCUGAGCUUGCCAGCCAGGCUGCAGCUGAGGGCCUGGACAUGGCCACCUUCCUAGCCCACAAUGACUCACAUACCUUUUUCUGCCGCCUCCAGGGUGGGGCACACCUGCUGCACACAGGGAUGACAGGUACCAAUGUCAUGGACACCCACCUCUUGUUCCUGCGGCCUCGGUGAUGGCAUAGGUCACAUUUUGAGAGUUCAGAGGAGUUCUACAAGGGCAAGGUCAGAUGGCAGAGCAAGGUUGGUCCUCAGGGCUUCACUAAGCCUUAGGGCCCCUCCACUCCUUGGCCUUGGCUGUUUGGUUAGCUGUCACCUCCCACUCAGGGCCUCUGCUCUAUGUCUGUUCCCUUCCA